UUGCGUUUGUUUGUUUGCCAACAUUCCCGUAUCGCCGACCAUCUUGCCUCGCUCGAAAGAGUAGAACGAGAAUGUGCGUAUUGUGAUUUCGUGGCUGCUGAUAAGAAGCAUCCAUUCGCCGAGCGAAGACUGACGACAUCCAUCUCGAUAAGGGUGUUGGCAAGAAAGAAAUUUUUUCAGUCUUGCACUGAACAUGUUUGGUUAGGCAGAACGCAAUUUUCUGCAUAAGAUGGUCACCAUAGGUGGAGUAAUAGUUAUGACGACGAUAGCUACCCUGUUUGUAGCCAGUGCUAAUUAGGAGUACCAAUAGACUAUUGCAAGUGUUCGUGUAGACAGGUUCGUCGUGAAGUCGUACACACUUUGAUAGCGCUGUAAAAUGUUUGGCCGCACCGAAACGAACAAGGACAGUUUUCUCGUCCAAACGAAGGCGGCUCGGGAAGAACGAGCCAACGAGCGGGCACAGGAAGAACGACGGGAUCGUUCGAUACUGCUGCUCCAGCGCACCAUCCGAGGAUGGUUAGCGAGAACCAAGUUCCGUCGGAUGAUUCUGAAUGAAUUUGAUGAGUUCUUUCCGCCGACCCCGACCGCUGCGGGGAAACAGAUUGAUCUAAAGCCUAGUCAGGCGGUCUAUCACGUCGCAACACAUUUCCUGCUGCAAUGGAAGGCGGACACGAGUGCCCCAGAAUCGGCCCCUCAUCGGGACCGGCUCGAGCGUCUCUGCCGAUACCUGGUGGCAAGCCUGGAGUCUGACUCCCCGAAAACCAGCUACAUCGGAGUUGCGUUUAACAAGGAUUUCAGCCUGGCUUGGAUUCGCCACAUCAAGAAGCUUCUCUACCGAUGCUGCACCGCGGUCGAGCUACUCAAGCCGGAGGUACACAGCGAUAGCAUAUCAUUGGCCUUAUACUUGCACACCCUAGUGGCGUUCACAUCCAUCAACAGCUGGGCGCUGUUGCGCACGAAACCACUGACCGGGCUGAAACCCGGCAUGACGCAGCUGUGCGCCAACGUAAUGGGAGAUCUGGUGCAGAAGGGAUUCUACAUGACGCUCCGUAACGUGCUCGUCAAGGGAACCUGCCGACCGGUGGUUAACCUAAAGCCCAUCUCCCUGACGGCUCUCGUGACGCUGGCCCUGCGGCCACUGGUGUCGGCUAACUUUAGCGAAAACCUACUGAGCCAGUUCCUGGUACAGAUCCUGUCCGUGCCCGGAAUGAUCGUGCACCUCGAACAGUUCACGCCGGACUGUCUGGCCAGCAUUCAAACGCACGGUACGCUGGAGAAAACGCUCGACCUGCUCAGCGCGGACCAAUCGAUGAAGUUCGUACUAGCCAGCCUACAGAACAGCAACCUUCUAGCGCUGCUGUCCAACAUCGUGCACCUGUACUAUCUGGAGCCACCCGAAAACGCGGCCAAACUUGCCUACCCGUCGUUUACCUUCGUUGUGACGCAGCUUUUGAACGGGAUCCUCAACAGCCUGAGUCAAGCAGGCGGAGCGUUUACUCAGUGGCACGAGCUGCUUGGAUGGUUUUCGCCGGGCAAAGAUCGACUGCAGCACGAAAAUCUACCCUUGAUUAAGAAACAGAUCCAUCUUCUGUGGAACCAUCGGAUCGUGAAGCUGCUGCUGGGCGACAAUCUGAAGGAACUGGCCGUGGGAUACGAAACGAUCGACUAUCCACUGCCGAGCACAAACAGCACAGGAAAUCUUCUGAAGCGAGCUCUAACAUUCGAGCGAAGCUCAAUCAAAAGUCAACCGAGCAGGGCGAGCAAAAUGUAUCGGAAGCUCGGUUCGGCCGAGGUUUCCCGUGUUGCGCUGACCUGCUCGAUGUAUCACGCUGCGAUGAGUGCACUCUCGCAGCUACGAUUGGAUAUACUUUCUGGCCUUUGCUACAAUGAUACAGUGUUGCACGAUCUGUGGCUUCUGCUAGGGUCGAUCGGACCAAACUGUGGCCUGAAAGGGUUCAUCGAGCUAUUACAAGUCAGCCAGACGAACUAUGCCCCUCCGUUGCUUCUUCUGUCGCUGUUUUGUGAUUGUAUGACACACUACGUAACCAUUUUGGACGAUUUGGAAAUGUACGAACAGCAGACACCGUUCACACUGAACGACUACAUCGUCCUGUCGCACUUUCUGAACAUUUUCCUGUACCGCACGAUUCAGGAUCAGAUUCUGGACGCCAAAACGGCCACCAGUGCGCCACUGUUCGUUUCGAUACAUACGCUACUGUUGUGCUUGUAUCGGCGCGACUGCCGGCGCCAGUUUGCCCCUCCGAACCACUGGCUUAUUCGGGACAUUCGACCAUCGCACUUUCUGGCCGACCUGGAAAAGGGCAAGAAGCACACGCAGAUCCUGCUGCAGAAAAUGCCCCACAUCAUCCCGCACGAGGAUCGGGUGCAGCUGUUCCGAAAGUUUGUGCAGAACGAAAAGGCGGUUCUCGGGCUGACCGAGUCGGCGUGUGCGUCCCCAAGUUCCGCCCUGGUGACGAUCCACCGGGCCCAGAUUGUGGAGGACGGCUAUCGGACGCUGGCGACGUUGUCACCGCACGCGCUAAAGGGUGUCAUUCGGGUGCGGUUUAUCAAUCAGCAGGGUUUGGAUGAGGCCGGCAUCGAUCAGGACGGGGUGUUUAAGGAGUUUCUCGAGGAAACUAUCAAGCGAGUGUUUGAUCCGUCGCUGAACCUGUUUAAAACGACCACCGAGCAGCGGCUGUAUCCUUCGCCGACGUCGCACAUGCAGGAGAAUCAUCUGGCACUGUUCGAGUUCGUCGGGCGAAUGUUAGGAAAAGCGGUGUACGAGGGUAUCGUGGUGGAUGUGCCGUUCGCAUCGUUCUUCCUUUCGCAGGUGCUCGGACAAACGCAGCAGGCCCUGUACAGCUGCAUGGAUGAAUUGCCUUCGCUCGAUAAGGAGCUCUAUCGAAGCUUGACGUUCAUUAAGCAUUACCAGGGCGAUGUGGCCGACUUGGAUCUAACGUUUAGCGUCGACGAGGAUGUAAUGGGGAAGAUCGUGACCCACGAGCUUCAUCCGGGAGGCAAAGCAAGAACCGUAAACAAUGAUAAUAAGAUUAACUACAUCCACUAUAUGGCAUAUUUCCGGAUGCAUACACAAAUCCGCGACCAAACUGCAGCAUUCAUUCGUGGCUUCCGUAGUAUCGUCAAUCCGGACUGGUUGGCGUUGUUUUCCACACCAGAAUUGCAAAGACUUAUCUCGGGCGAUACGUCACCGUUGGAUUUGAAAGAUCUUCGGAAGCAUACACAGUACUACGGCGGUUUCCAUGAUGGCCACCGGGUGGUUGGUUGGCUGUGGGACAUUCUUGCCAAAGAUUUCACCGAGGAUGAAAAGAAACUGUUCUUAAAGUUUGUAACGAGCUGUUCGAAACCUCCGCUGCUAGGAUUCGCCCACCUAGAACCGCCGUUCUCGAUCCGCUGCGUCGAGGUAGGAGACGACGAGGACAUCGGCGAUACGGUUGGUUCAGUCAUUCGCGGAUUUUUCACCAUUCGCAAGAAAGACCCACUGAACCGGCUGCCCACGUCGUCCACCUGCUUCAACCUGCUGAAGCUACCAAACUAUCAGAAGAAGAGUAUGUUGCGGGACAAACUGCGCUAUGCGAUCUCCAGCAACACCGGUUUCGAGCUGUCGUAAACGGAACUUUCCGCGAAAGGUAUGCCACUGGAUUAUCUUACGAAUCGAUGGAAGUAUGAAAUCUUUUAAAACUGUGAUAGUAAGCAUAGGAUUUUCAUUGUGGGGAGAUGCAAAUACCGUACUAUUGCCAACGCAUGGGUGUAGCUCCGUUUCGAUGAAAAUCGUUAUGCUUAAAUAGGGGAAAACCCAAUUGGCAGCAUAGAGGCAUGCGAUGGAUGGAAACAAUACUAUCCCACUGCCCCAUUCAAUAUCUUAUCAGUGUGCAAACAGGUGUGCAAUCAGAUCAGUUACAGGCAGGCACGACGACGGAACCCAGUGUAUUUGUGUAUUUAAAAAAUCGUGUAUCACUAGUAGAAUAUUUAUCGCAUUAUCGUCUACUUUGCAGAGUCAGGGAAUGCAAGAUGCAAUAUUUGAUGCAAUCGGGAGGGAAAGGUAGGAUAUCUGACACCGAAUCGCGAAGCCUUGGGCUGCAUAUGUUUAUUUUUUAUGUAUGGAUCCGUAAUUGCGUCGUGAAAGUAGAAAUAUUAAAAAAUUGAGUAUCUAAUAUUUAUAAGACAUCUAUCAGAUAACAAUAUUUUUGGAAAGUGUCUAAACGGAUGGGGAAACGCGAAUUAUAUAUUAUAGACCCAGUGAAAGUCGUUGAAAACGGCCCUACCUAAAGCACAUCUCAAAUACUCCCAGUAGUAGCGUACUUCUAUUGAUUUGUUUUGCGAACCAAGCGUGAUGAUUCGCAAUAGUAAAUUCCACAUUCAACACACCAGAAGCUAAUGUGGUACGCUACAACCAUAGUAAACCUGUAAUCCUUUGUAUUUUAAGAACGUAUAUUGUCACGAAUAAAAUGAAACCCAUGCCCUAUCCA